GUUGCCUAGGUUGAACAUAUAGACGCUAGAAAUGCCUUCAUGCAACACGAACUGCAUCGUGAAGCCUUUAUCAGAAGGAUUUCAUAAACUGGGUCUUUUCGUGGGAAAACAUCCAUGGGUGUUUUUAGUUUUACCUUUUAUAUUAUCCGGGGGUCUCGGAGGGGGGUUUUACUUUCUCAGUGAAAGAGAAGCAGGCGACAUCGAAGAUCAGUUCACACCAGUAAACGGCCCAGCUAAGAAAGAGAGAGAAAAUGUCAAAACUUAUUUUCCUCACAGUGACGAAUUCUCUCAGUUAAGGCUGUACACAGAGGGGACUUACGCGUCGUUGAUCGUGUUUAGCUCUCCGAACAAUGACCUUCUCUCAAAUAAUUUGUUUCGAAAAGUAAUCGAUUUGGACCACAAAGUACUAAACAUAACGACAGAAUUAAGAGAAAGCACCUAUGCAGAUCUCUGUGCGAAAAAAAACGGAACGUGCGCUUCAAAUGCAGUUUUAGACAUUGUAUCCCAAGCUGACAACACAUCUAUUGAAUACCCAUUUCAUCACGGCGUGUUUCUAGGAUCAACAAUUGGUGGUGUGACCCUUAAACCAAACAGCAAAGCAAUACAAAGUGCAGAGGCAGUUCGGCUUUUCUAUUUUUUAAAAGAUGCCAAAACUGAGAUGAACAGAAGCGAGAAUGGUGCAUGGCUGCAGGCUUUUAUAAAGACAUUUUCAGAAGAAAACCAAGACAACCAAAUAUCUGUAUCUCUUUUCACUUCAAUUUCAAGAGAAGAAGAAUUUGACAAGAAUUCAGAGACAGUGAUUCCAUUAUUCUCCAUUACUUACGCUCUGGUCAUUAACAUUGCAGUUUUUUCAUGUCUCAGGUAGGUUUACAGCCAUGUUGGAUGUGAAAACACAUACACCAUUCACACACCAUUAAAAUAUGCCAUGAUAAGAUCUAGGCCUACAAGUUGUUGGAGAUGGUUAGCUUAAUAAAGUAGUAGGUUUAGCAAAGGA